GUCACAAAAGUGCGCGUUCAAAAUUUCUAACCUAAAAAAAUUAAAGCAACCGCCGAAAACAAACAUUGACCGCGUCAGAAAGAAAUUAUUUUUACGUAAAAAAUUGCAUAGGAGAAAUAAAAGUGUAGUUUUUCCACAAAUAGCAAAAUGUUUGAAGCUCGUAGCAUAACUGCAGAGCAUAAAGAUUUAAUUCACGAUAUUGCCUACGAUUUUUAUGGACAACGCAUGGCAACAUGUUCCAGUGAUCAAUUUGUCAAAGUAUGGGACGAGGAUGAACACGAUAUGUGGCAUUUGACAGCGUCGUGGAAGGCCCACAGUGGUUCAGUGUGGAAAGUCACAUGGGCACAUCCUGAAUUUGGUCAAGUACUUGCAACAUGUUCUUUCGAUAGAACGGCCGCAGUUUGGGAAGAAAUUGUCGGCGAGGGUUCGGGACCUGGUGAACGAGGAAUGCGACAUUGGGUCCGAAGGACGAAUCUCGUCGAUUCAAGGACGUCAGUGACUGACGUGAAAUUCGCACCAAAGACACUGGGGCUUUUGCUUGCUACUUGCAGUGCAGAUGGUGUUAUUCGAAUAUACGAAGCGCCCGAUGUGAUGAAUUUAAGUCAAUGGACACUGCAACAUGACAUUAGCUGUAAAUUACCCUGCAGUUGCAUUUCCUGGAAUCCCUCUCUGUCUAGGUUACAUCCCCCAAUGAUUGCGGUUGGUAGCGAUGAUACAAAUACUUCGAACGGCGGAAAAGUAUUUAUUUACGAAUACUCGGAAAAUGGAAGACGGUGGACAAAAACUGAGACACUCACGAAUAUUGUCGACCCCGUUCACGAUAUUGCCUUUGCACCGAAUUUGGGCCGAAGUUUUCAUACACUUGCAAUAGCGACUAAGGACGUUCGGAUCAUCACUUUAAAACCAAUGCCAGAUUCGGCGCAAAGUGGAUUGUCACGAUUUGAGAUAACUACAACGGCGCAAUUUGAUGAUCAUUAUUGUACUGUUUGGCGUGUUUGUUGGAAUAUAAUGGGCACAAUUCUCGCGAGUUCCGGUGACGAUGGCUGUGUUCGUCUCUGGAAGGAUAAUUACAUUAACAAUUGGAAAUGCGUUGCUGUAUUGAAAGGCGAUGGUUCGGCGGCGCAAAGCGCUGAGACGCCAACAAGCGCAAACGCACAGAAUUCUGCUCACAAUGUGAGCGGCAAUCAAACGCCACUUUCAACCACCAGGUACUAUAAAUUGGGUUCUAUCAGUCAUCCAAAUCAAGUACCCUGGCACUGACAUGGCAAAAAACUGAAAAUUAAAUUUUGUUUUUUUUUGUCAUUUUUUUUCCCCUCAGAGUAUUUAAUUUUUCGGGUUUCAUCGCGAUGAAAAUUACCUUCUUCUAAAAUUUUGUAAAGAUUCUCUCUCAGUUCUUUUUAAAUACUCUGAGAGUAAUUUGUACAUUCGCACCAAUUUUUUUUUUGUUUUGCGUUUAUAUUUUCCUUCCGGGAGAAAUUAUUCUUUUUGUUCGACUUAAAUGUUUUGUAAUUUUUUCGUUUUCAAAUUUCCGUUAAUUUUGGAUUCUGUUUUCUAAUUUUGUCGUUUUUUCCGUUUUUCGUCUUUAGUAUUUAUUUUCUCUUUUUGUAAACGUUUCACACAUUGUAAUUUCGAUUUUGCUUUCGUUUUGCAUUUAUUAAAAUCUGUUUAUUUUGUAAUUCUUUUGGUUUAGUGAUUUAAGUGAAUAGAGUGAAAGGGUUGUAUAAUUUUUUUGUUUUUGAAUAAAUGGAAAGUUAGUAAAAA